UAACAAUAAGCCCUGGUUCACAGCAAAUCUCAGGCAGCUUCAUCAGGCCAAAGAGGAGUACUACAGGAGUGGGGACAGGAUCCUAUACAACCGGGCAUGGAUCCUGUCCUUAGACUUCAGCUUGGCAUUCAACACCAUUAUCCCAGAAAUUCUCCUCACCAAACUCACCCAGCUCACUGUGCCUCCCUCCACCCGUCAGUGGAUCACAAACUUCCUGACAGACAGGAAACAGCAGAGUUGGACACAUUGUCAGGUGGGAGAUGCCAUCUUUGAGUGCCCAGUGGAUGACUUCAUGCCAUAGCCAACCAAGGAGGACAGACUACACAUUGCUGAGGGCUUUCAUUAUUGAUGGAAUUUCCCCAACUGCCUUGGAUCCAUCAAUGACAAAUGGGGUCAUCCAGGUUAUCCCCAACUAUAGCUCCUUGUUCAAUAACUACAAAGGGACAUUCUCCAUCGUCCUGCUUGCAGCUGUGGAUGCAGAAUACUGCUUCCAGGUCAUCGAUGUUGGUUGGCAUGGCCGGAAUAGUGACAGUGGCACCUGGCACCUACUCCAGAUUCAGUGAGGGUCUCAUUUACGGCACCCUCGACUUCUCUGAAGAUGCUGAGAUCCCUAGAGCAGAGCAUUGUGGGAGAAUGCUGUUUGUUCUGGUGGGAGAUGAGGCCUUUCCUCUCUGCAGGCACCUGUUCUGUCCUUUCCCUGGCUCCAACAUCACUAAAAAGGACAGCAUCUACAACUACGGCCUCAGCUGUGCCAGGCUGGCUGACAGUAAAUGGAGCUUCAGGAUCCUCUCCUCUCUGUCGCAGAUGUACAGAAGAGUCAUUGAGGUGGGCCCUGACAAGGUGGAGCAUUAUGUGAAGGCCACCUGUGUCCUACACAGUGUUUUUUUGCGAGAGUCAGCCAUGAGAGACAACCACCGAGCAGCCACACAACAACUGGCAGUGCAGCCUCCUGCUCUUUGUGAUGUUUGCAGGACCUCCCACAACAAUGCUACCAGGGAGGCUCUCAAGGAGGUCUACUCUCUGGAUGCUGCGUUCGUCUUGAACAUGGUGUUACCGGAGCACCUCUCAACACAUCACCUGGUUGGCUGACAGCUGCCGACUGGCUGGCUCUCUCAGCUGCAGCUGCUGGUUGGUUUGCUGGCUUGGAGGUAAGCUGGAGGGUAGGCUGGCUUGCUAGCUGACACAAAGCACAGACCUGGCUGGCUGACCCAGCUACUGACUGGCUGGCUCUCUCAGAUGCAGCUGCUGGUUGUUUUGCUGGCUGGGAGGUAGGCUAGCGGGUAGGCUGGCUUGCUAGCUGAUACAAAGCAUCGGUCUGGCUGGCUGACCCAGCUACUGACUGACUUUCUCUCUCAGCUGCAGCUGCUAUGUGAUUUGAUGGCUGGGUGGAACCUUGCUGGCUGUCUGGUAGGGUCCCAUCUGGCUAGCUGAAGGGGAGCAAGAAACCCCAUCACAGCUUCACGGCACCUUGGCAGUGGCACAAGCACCACUUCUGCUCCUCUCCUUCUCUUUCCUCCUUUCUCUCAAGUAUCUCUGAGGUUCUUCCAUCUUUCCA